ACUCGCUGCGGCGGCGCUGGGGGCUGAGCGGGGCGCGGGGCCCGGGAGUCCGUCCCCGCGCUGCGAGGAGACCCCGGCGUUGCCCAGGACGCAGGUUUGUGGGGCUCCGCCGAGGAGUUGGGGGGCGUCUCAUCAGGCUCUAGUCCUCUCCAGGUCUCGCGGCGGCCAGAGUCUCCAGUCACCCCCGCGUACCCCCGGACACACGCAGGACCUGCUUCCAGACCCCGCCAGCCCCAGGCCCUACCGCCAUGGACCCCAGCGCGCGCUCCGGCCCGGCCCCCGCCGAGCCCCGGCCGCCGAGCGCGCUGGCCGCGCCGCCGUCGCUGCUGCUGCUGCUGCUGUCGGCGCUGGCCGCGCUGCACGCGGGCCGCUGGCUGCUGCGCGCGCGGCGCCCGCCGCCCGGCUCGCCCCCCGGCCCGUUCGCGUGGCCGCUGCUGGGCAACGCGGCGCAGCUGGGCCCGAUCCCGCACCUGGCCCUGGCCCGGCUGGCGCGGCAGUACGGCGACGUGUUCCAGCUGCGCCUGGGCCGCUGCCCCGUGGUGGUGCUGAACGGCGAGCGCGCCAUCCGCCAGGCGCUGGUGCACCAGGGCGCUGCCUUCGCCGACCGGCCGCCCUUCGCGUCCUACCAGGAGGUGUCCGGCGGCCGCAGCCUGGCCUUCGGCCGCUACUCGGAGCGCUGGGCGCAGCGGCGACGCGCGGCGCACAGCUCCCUGCGCGCCUUCUCCACGCGCAGCGCGAGCGGCCGCAGCGCCCUCGAGGGCCACGUGCUGGGCGAGACGCGCGAGCUGGUGGCGCUGCUGGUGCGACGCAGCGCGGGCGGCGGCUUCGUGGACCCGCGCCAGCCGCUGCAGGUGGCCGUGGCCAACGUCAUGAGUGCCGUGUGCUUCGGCUGCCGCUACCGGCACGACGACGCCGAGUUUCUGGAGCUGCUGAACCACAAUGAGGAGUUCGGGCACGCCGUGCGGGCCAGCAGCCUGGUGGACGUGCUGCCCUGGCUGCGGCGCUUCCCCAACCCCGUGCGCUCCACCUUCCGCAAGUUCCAGCGCCUCAACCGCAACUUCAGCCUCUUCGUGCACCGCAAGUUUCUGCAGCACCAGGAGAGCCUGCGGCCCGGGGCGCCCCCGCGCGACCUCCUGGACGCGCUCCUGCUCCUCGCGCAGGACGGCGCCCCGCCACUCGACCUGCAGGACGUGCCGGCCACCCUCACCGAUGUCUUCGGCGCCAGCCAGGACACGCUGUCCACCGCGCUGCACUGGCUGGUCCUGCUCUUCAUCAGGUACCCCGCGGAGCAGGCUCGGGUCCAGGCGGAGGUGGACAGCGUGGUGGGCAGAGGGCGGCUGCCCUGCCUGGACGACCAGCCCCGCCUGCCCUACGUGAUGGCCUUUGUCUACGAGGCCAUGCGCUUCUCGAGCUUCUUGCCCAUGACCAUCCCCCACGCCACGCGGGCCAGCACCUCCGUCCUGGGCUACCACAUCCCCAAGGACACGGUGGUCUUCAUCAACCAGUGGUCGGUGAAUCACGACCCCGCCCGGUGGCGCGACCCCAAGCACUUUGACCCCGCGCGCUUCCUGGGCGCGGGCGGCCAGCUGGACAGCGACCUGGCCGGCCGCGUGCUGGCCUUCUCGAUGGGCCGGCGGCGCUGCAUCGGGGAGGAGCUGUCCCGGCUGCAGCUGUUCCUCUUCACCGCCGUCCUGGCCCACCAGUGCCACUUCUGUGGCCCCCCCGAGCAGCGCGAGGUCCACUUCGACUACGGCCUGACCAUCAAGCCGCAGGCCUUCCAGGUGCACGCGUCACUCCGGGACUCCAUGCGGCUGCUGGACCAGGCCGCCCAGAGCCUGCUGGGCGGGGGGCCGGGGAGCAGCUCCGGGGCUUUCUAGCUGCCGGCUCGGUGCUCCGGGCGCGCAGGGGCCCCGCCCCGUCCCCCCGCACCCCUCCGCAUCUGUCACAGGCUGGGAGCACUGCUUGUAUUUGUCCUUAGGGGGCAGCACCCGGGCCGGGGCCCCUCCUGGUAGUUCUCGGCCAGCCACACACCCUCUCAGCUCAGUGCUCGGGUCUGGUGAUGUGAUUCAGCCCCGGGGACCUCCGGGGUCACACCCACGGUGCGGGAGGCGGCCACUUGGUGCUGGGGACUGAUCUUGGGUCCUUGUGCUGGGCCAGGCUUAUGCCCCCACCCGGAUGGCUCCUUGAGGAAGGACUGUCUGGAGGUCAAGACACAUGGGUGCCACCCCCACUCCCCAUCACGCCAGCCUGUGCCUCUGAGGGUGGGACUUGAGGGUGACACGCCUCGGGCAACCGGGUGACGCCGGAAAGGCCCAGAAACACUCUUCUCGCCUGUUAUUAAAACGACUCCUGAGGCUUAGGCACCGUGAUGGACUCACCUUUUGCCCCAGGUUUUACUUUCUCUACGAGUUUUUGAUUUGGGGCCACACCCAGCGGUGCUCAGGGCUUACUCCUGGCUCUGUGUCUCAGGGGACCCUAGGCAGUGCGGGGGACUGAGCCUGGCUCGGCCAUGUGCAAGGCUGUGGCACUGUCACUCCAGCCCGGUGCCUUUUCUCUUUGGGAUGAGUCAUUUGCUCAAGAAAGAAACCAGCAGUCGUCAACAUAGUGAUUAUCUUGGAUUUUGGUGGAUUUUAAGGUUGGAGCUCUUGAAUUAGGCCUCCAAAGGUGAAAGUUAGCUCCCCUGGUUG